AUCACAAAAAACUUACGUGAUGCAGGUGAGUGACGUGCUCUCAGACUUUCAUGUUAAUUGUAAUUGAUUACCUUGUAAGGCCAAUACUAUGAGUUCUAUUGAAGUCAGUGAGAAUGUUCGUAGACGUAGGGCCACUGUGAACUUGUCACGUUCCCUUGGCUGUCAUAGAUCCACUUAUAAUAGAAGGUGGAAUAAAAUGAAAGCUGCUCUCAUGAAAAAAUAUCACUUUUUUUCGUUUAGUGAGUUUGCUAAUGACAGCACCAUAAAAGGUAACUGAGUUCAACAAUGUUGUUUACUUAAUUUAUAGAAAUAACGAGAGAAGUCAUUUGUAAUGAAAGUACUUCAACUAGUACACCGUCCACUAGCAACAUCAAUCAAAGGCUUUCACAUAAUAGUGGUAUGAACAAUAAAUUCUUACGUGAAUAUAUAUCUUAUAGGAUGUACUGAAGUGGACUUGUGCUCUCAAAAGUUCGUGAAUCGCAAAGAACUAAUGAACGACUUUAUAAUGUAUCUAAAGUCAAAUACAUCUCUUAGCAUAAGAGAUGCUGAUCGGGUUUUGUAUGGUCUACGAUUUCUUAUACCGGAAAUACCGAAAAGCAUCAGAAGUGUUCUUAAGACGUGUCCAAGUGUUCAACCAAAGUUCAUCGGCAGUGGGGUUUACUACCAUCUUGGAUUGAAAACCAAUCUGCUAAGAUACGUUGAGCUUUGGUUGUGUACUAUUGAUUUUGACUCUUUAAAUUUAUAUGUUAAUAUAGAUGGACUUUCUAUGUCUAGAAGCUCUAAUCAACAGUUAUGGCCUAUACUAGGACGGAUCAUUACCCCUAGGCUUAGUGACGUGUUCAUGAUAGGUAUCUACGGAGGGAAUAGUAAACCCGCAGAAUUUAACGAAUUUUCUGCGAACACAAUUUCUGAAAUAAAAGAAAUGACUGACGUGGGUCUUUUUAGUGUCAAGUUUAAUAAAUGCAUAGCUAUUCGGUUGGCGGCUGUUAUAUGUGACGCACCUGCUCGUUCCUCUGUUAGGUACACGGUGAAUCAUAACGGUAAGGCAGGUUGCGAUAGGUGUACUGUUCUUGGAAGACGGCUUGAGGGUAAGACAACUUUUGCAAAUGGGGUAUAUACUUUAAGAACAGACGACACCUUCCGUUGUCAGACUCAAUCUAUUCACCAUCAAGGACAUUCUAUAAUGGAAACGCUUUCUAUUAAUAUGAUUGUAGCUUUUCCUCUAGAUCCUAUGCACAUGGUGUACCUUGGAGUUACAAAAAAACUAGCUAAUUUAUGGAUAGAUUUAGCACGCCGAAGAAUGCGGAACUUUAACUCAUGUGCAAUUAGAGACAUAAACAAUUUAAUAUCCGGUUGUGUGGCAAGUACUCCUUCUGACUUUCCCCGUAAAUGCCGUACACUAGACUUUGUAUCGGCAUGGAAAGCGUCUGAAUGUAGGUUGUUCCUGCUAUAUUUAGGCCCGGUGAUUCUUGAAAAGACAUUGCCACAACCUUAUUAUCUUAAUUUCCGGCGUUUAGCGUUAUCCAUGUAUCUGCUUGCACAUCCCAAACUGCAUAAAAGUGUUGUAGAAACCGCCAGAAUGGAAUUACUAAACUUCAUGAAUGAAUAUGAAUGGUGUUAUGGGUGUGAACACUUAGUUUACAAUGUGCAUUCGUUACAGCACCUCCCUGACGACGUUCAAGCACAUGGACCUUUAGAUAGUUUUUCAGCCUUUCCAUUCGAGUCUUAUAUGAGACAAAUUAAGGAUUCCGUGCGUAGUGGGUUUGCAGUGGCUAAGCAAGCAGCACAGCGUUAUGCUGAGAGAAUGUCCUUCAGCGAUAGGCUUCAAAUUAGUGGCUUAACUAAUACUACCCCAAUAGGCACAACUGAUGUCUCUACAAAACAAGUAAUUAUGUUUAACAGUAGUAAAAUUACUUCAUGUCAGCCUGAUAAUGUAGUAGUAGUGAACGGCCAGCCAGGUUUAAUCACUGAUAUAAAGGAGGAUGGACUACUAAAAUUUAGGACUUUCACUGACCCACGCAAUUACUUUGAAGAUCCAUUCCCAUCUACUGAUAUUGGAAUUUUUAGGUGCUCCGUAGUUAGCCAUGAACACACAUGGAUAUCACUUAAGGACAUUGAUUGUAAAUGUAUAGCCAUCAACUGUAUCAAUUAUGUAGUUAUAGUCCCAUUGUUACAUACUGUAUUGUAAAUGCAUUUUGUUUCACUAGUGUUUAUUAAUGACGAUAAAUCAUUUAAUUACGUCUUAUGUUAUUUUCAGCCUGCUAACAAGAAAUACGUCAUUGUUGACGUCUUGAGCAAAAAACAACUAAUGGUAGCACACAAAGAUUGGAUCGUAGGAAAGGAACUGUGCGCUUUUCCGAAAGAGCAUGUCGAUUUACAUCUUCAGAAGAGCGACCAACCGAAUGAAAAUUGGUCAUUUAUGAAAUGUAAAGUGAUUCACGAAUUAGGUACGUUACAUACACAGGAUGGAUAAUUCACCAUAGAUUCUCUCCAGUCGGCAAAAGAUCUGUUAGUUGCCCUACAGAUACUGGAGUCUAAACGGAAAAACACCUCAAUGGAUGAAAACACUUUGCCACUGAACACUGAAAAGCCAAAAAGGUCUGUACAAUAAUCUUACUAACAUUUCGUAGAGGUGUAAUGAAGCGUAAAGAAGAUUUUCUUUACAAUUCAGUAGACAUGGAUGUUGCUGAGAUGCAGUCUAGGAAUGUGCCCGUACAAUAUCCAAAAUUCCGUGUUUUCGAGAAAUUAAUAUCGCCAAUCGCCAAGUACGUUUAAUUAGUAUUUAGAUAUUCACGAAUUAGUUCGACACAUUUGGAGACAUCACCUUCGACAUCGGAAUGUAAGCAUGUUGGCGGCGCUAUAGUGGACAAGUAAGUUACCUGCAUCAUGUAGUGACCUUUUUCGGCAGUGAAAGGUUGUAUACACUUGUGCUGAACAUGUCGUCAGCUAUCAAUGAACUGACAAAAACAAUUAACAACAUGUCGUCCGCCAUUACUGACUCGAAUGUUAAUGUGAACCAACUGCUAUCGAAUUGUCGUGAAAGCGAAAAACCACAUCAAUUCGAUUGCGGACUGUCCAGUCAGCAGUUUCCUUUGUCAUCUGAAGAGGAACUGCAGAUGCUUGAUACCGGCUUGUCGCAGAAAGAAACGAGGGACAGAUUUAUGGCAAUGGUCACUAGGCUAUCAAGUGACGACCCAAAAGCGUCCAUGCGGUUUGUUUUGUCUUAUCUGUUGACACCUGAGGUUGCCAGUAAAUUCACGUUACUUGGCACCUCUUCAAAACGAGCACUGCAGAAAUGCACGUUUUACGGCUGCAUACGAAGUAACAUUUAUCUAUUACUUAAACUUCAGGUGCUUUGACUCAUCGGUUUUUGUCAUCCUCUGUCAACGAAAAAGACCUUGGUAAGCUCUACGACAUCGCGACCCAAGGUUACUUUCACGACAUCCGAGACAAGAUGAUAAAACGUUCUAGGAGAAAAGAUAACCAGGUAUGUACAGAUUUAAAGUGAUAACCUCCCUACGGCUCUAUAGUUACAGUCGACAAUAUUAACGAACAUCACCGUAAGUUCAGCUUCAAGUAUUUGGGUGUGCUAAAGCACAUCAUUGAGAUAUGGUUGUGACUUUUUUUUUAUUCAGAAUUCACAGGACGACUACCUCAAUUCCGAAUAGUCCGUGCAAUGAUUUUGGUGUUCUACCUAGAUGUCAAUAAACAUUUUUCUUUCAAACAGCUUACUUUUUUACUUACUUGGGAAACUGUUGAGAAUGUGUUUGAGUUUGAGUGAAUUUUCGAUUAAAUGGACAUUGCUUAUAAAUAAAACAAAAACUGUUACUUCUUUUUCAGAUAAUUGUCUAUAAAAAUGAAUUAGCAAUUGCAUUGGAUAUGCAUAACAAUAGAUGCCUAAGCUUGUGCUAUACUGUUGUACAAUUAUAGGUUUUUCUUUUUAAAUACAAUAUUC